AUGCCACCGCAAAAGUCCAAGCAUCUAAGUGGGGGCAGGGAUAAGAGACAUUCACUGCGUGGUCCUGACAGUCAAUUCCGUCCUGUCACACAAGACGAGGAGUUGUAUGUACCUGAUAAAGAGACAGAAGCAACCAGUGACAGCGAUGAAGACGUCAUCAAAAAUCAGCUCUAUUUCUUUUUUAAAGCCAAUUUAUUGAAGACAGUACAUACAAAAUUGGUUAUUAUUCUAUUUUGCACAGAGCCGACUACUAGAGUGGGACGAGUAGGGACUGGGGAGUUGUCGGCCCAGUGGGGAGUGGGGACUGGGGAGUGGGGACUGACUCACCGAGUCUGA